GGUACAUUCGAAAACAAGAAAAGUAUUUAAUUAUUUAUCGCAUUUGAUUUUGUAAACUCAUAUUUUUCAAAAAGUUUCCAUUUAAAAAAAAAUGAAAGACCAGUAUUUAAUUAACUUGCAAUUUGUUGAAGAAAUUUUGGAAUUCGUUUGUUUGAAUCUUCCUUUAUUAUACGAAUAUAAAGAACUUUGGUAUCCCAAAUUUGAAAUCCUUGAUUUAGCGAAUAAAACAGAUGUUCUGAUGUUUCAUGACGAUGUAGGCUGUUCAGUGCUCCAUAUAAUAGAUAAGAAUAUGGAAGACAUUGAAGACUGCUUUUAUGAAUUCCUCCACGACAUGAGAGCAUCUGCACCAAUGAAUGAGGUUGACGACGCGUACUUUACAAAAAGUGCUUUAAAUAUUGCUCCAUUCUUUUUCAGCAAAGGCUAUAGUCACGAAUCGUUUCUUGCAUUCUGUGCCAUGGUGAUGGGAGUUGCGCAUAAUUUCUUGCUUCUGGAACAAAAUCGCAUUCCUCAACGUGCCUGUCAUGUCAUUGGCCUUGUUCUAUUCAUGCACCAAAUGACAGGAGAGUUCUAUAAAAAAGGAGGCUGGAAAGGAUUUCGCGACGUGUGUUCUAACUUUAAUGAAUGCCAGAAAAGAAAAGGAAAGCGAAUAAUCUGGCUUACCACUAACAAUGCGAUGUAUAGCUCUAGUGUGACAUUAAAUUUCAAAGAUCUAAAUCACUUUGGAAAAGAAGUGAACUUCGUAGUUAUAACACCUGGACAAUAUUCUUAA